AUGGAAAAACUUGAACAGAUAUAUGAGGUUUUGAAGAGCCAAUUCGUUUCGGGGUAUGACUACACGCACACACCCGAGUUCACAUUGCCCCGCGACGUGAGUUCCAGCGCUUUUUGGUUCCAUUUACGUGAAAACAAAAUCCUCUCGCUGCUAGUGAUCAUUGAGAUUUUCAUUUUCGCCAUAGUUUUAUUCGUUCUACUCAUUUUGACCGAAUGGUUACCGCUGAUUAUCGUACUGAUCGUGUCGCUGCUCGUCGUGCCUGCAUCGGUGUUUCUUGGGUACCUCGUGCAUUACGGCUCGCUUUCCACCGAGGGCCAGCUGCACUUGCUCAAAGAAGUUGUUGUAGAACGCCCAGGCCUUGAGCCCGCCGCGUGGGACCUCAUCGCCCUCCACGUGAACCACUUCUUGUACGAGAACCACCUAUUCCCACACCCAACAUAUUUUUACGAUGGUAAAAGCUGUCACAAGUACUUUGAACAAACAUUCGUGCGUUCUACAUCUUCUAGUAUGGGAGACAGGCGCGACCGCCACGUGAACAUUAGGCCUUUCAUCAAAAACGCCGUCCAGGCCUAUGAGGAGAGUUGUAGAGAGCAAUGGGCGCGUAUGAUCGGCACAGUGCCCGUGUCUGCGCCUGACCAUAACGCCGACAUGUAA